GACCCUGGCUUCUUGGUACACGUCUGAAUUUUUGGAAACGCAGCGUGCGUGGGCGGCAGGCAGAGGAUAAAUGACAGCGAGGACAGAGCCACAGCCACAGCCACCGGGCAGGGCUGCACAGGGCACAGAGGAAGAGCCACCAGCCAGGCACCAUGCUCCCUGCAAGGACUGUCCUGCUGCUCACGCUGCUGCUCACCUUCUCCCUGCACCACGCCACAGCCCACUUUGCACCCGUGGAAUGCUGCUUUAAGUAUGCACAGAAACGCAUCCGACACCCUCAAAGCUUCUACGAGACAUCCAAGGACUGCCCCAAGCCUGCAGUCGUGAUUGUGGCUGCCAAUGGUGAUGAGAUCUGUGCCGACCCCAAGAAGGACUGGGUGCAUAAAAUAAUCAAACGGCUUCAAAAUAAAAAAUUAGAUCCAUCCACCAUCUGACUUGCCCGUCCAGUCUCCCUGUCUCUCGAGGGAGCCAGCAGUGCUGGCAGCUCUUCUGCAGCGGGUGCCGCGGGCAGCGUCACUGCGGGAGGAGCCCUCCUGAGCCCCGGCAGGAUCAGGGGUCACAGCGCCACGGACCCGGCAGCCCCCGAGCUCCUCCUGCUGUCCCUGCCCUGCCGAGAUGUGCCUGUGGAACCAAUAUUUAUAAUAAAGACUCAUUGCCGCAA